UGAAGGACACGUAUCCUCAUCCUUGCUGACUGUCUGUAGUAAGGACAUGUACACGGCCUCUUCCACCGGCCGGCGUAUAAAAACCGAAGCUAAUGCCGUAAACAGACAGCAGCAUAAAACAUGGCGGGUGAAGAAAAAAAAUCCCAGUCUAGAACAAGCGAUCCCUCUGUUGAAGUACAGGAACGUGGGGAAAUUUUCUUCUUUUACCGGCCAAAAGUCGGCAAGGAAGAGGCCCACGACAGGGACGACGUGCAACGACUCUACAUAGUUCUCCGACCAGAGUCCGGCCAGAGGGAGGUCCAAGUCAAGCAAGAACAGAGCUCCGGGAAGGAAGGAGCCGAGCUCGGAGCUCACACCGGCGAAGACGAACCGGCCCGUGACGUCACGUCGGAGAGGAAGGACGAAUCGCACGUCGACGGCGGACAUGGGUGCCAAGAAAUCAACAUCGAGAAGCAGCUGCUGCUCCGGUUGAUCGUCAUGGGGAGGAAGACUCUGCCCGACCCGUCCGGCGAGAAAUCCGGUCACAGCCCGAAUUGGGGGUUCGUGGAGAUGGUGACGACAAAAACAGAGGACGUGAAAGCAGUUUUGAAGGGGGAGGAGUACGAGACUUCAACCAUAGGUCACCGGAGGGUGGGCCCAGCAAGGGCGGCAGGCGAGGGAGAUUACCUCAUCCUGAGGCAUAAUCCGGGGAAGAAAAUGCACACCCAUUUAGUAUACAAGCUGGAAUUCCCGGCGGAGGACGGGAGAAACGAGCCGCAAGAGGAGCUUAACAUAAAGAGAGAAGCUUCGUUUAUAAUACAGAUCAAGAACCCGGAAGAACAGAGUGGGCGUGGGGGCUGGAGAGGGCUGCAGAGGAAGAGGAGGGCUGUGUUUCCGGCACAUCUGCAGGCGGAGAUGGGGCAGCGGAAGUUCAGUCCGGCAGACCCGCCGGAUUUUUUGAACUAUGAGGGGUGUGAGUUUCUGCUAAUACCGGCUUCCGAUAACAUUGAUGAGGAGCUGGGACGGGAGGUGAAGAUGGAAGUGGAGGAUAUGGAGGGCCACCACGAGCCCUGUUCGUCCGGUUUGGUCAGCGCUUUUGGCGGGGAGGCUGCCGCCAUCACUCCUCUUCUCAAAGGCACCUGGGCUUAAGAUUUUCAAUUAGGGAAAUGUCACCACCAUAGCCUACCUAGAGCUUUUCUCCAGCUGCUUGUAGUAAUUUUAUCCUGCAUAGCUACAUAAGCUUCUUGUACAUCCCAACUCAUCAGCAACUAUAUAAUGUUAUGUACUGUAUGUUUCUCUUUGUGUGUGAAGAGAAAUUUUUCAAAAAAAAAAAGUGAAUGUGUUUUAUUUUAAAUUGGAAAUUGGAAACAUUGCUAUGUUUUUAAGACAUGUUUGCUUUAAUGCUUAGACAAGGCCGGACCUCUUCACGAGGAAGCAGCUCGAUGACGGCCGCACCCUAUAGACUACCUGAUCCAGAGACAGUUCCACUUCUCCUCGUAAUCUUCCUCCACGGUGGUGUGAAGAAACACAAGAUUAAGCUCAUCGAAUUGCAGUUCUACCAGGUUGAUGAUUCUAAAAAGGUCCUACGACUUGGCAAGGAAUGCCCUAACAUCGACUGUGGUGAUUAAGCAUCUCUUUGACAAAACCUUUACUUUUUUCAUUACUGUAACACCUCGUUUUUUAAUUAAAUUUGACUUUCUCUUAUGAUUUUGAAUUGAGAUGCGGUGGAUUACCUUCCAUCUAAGUUUCAAUUGUGGUUUAGGCUAUCACGCUGACUCAAUUUUCUCAAUUUUAAGUUGGUAAUGCAUUUUUAUGAAUAUCAAUUCUUAGGUGUUAAGAUCUACAAGGAAAACUAAAUUAUUUAAUUUGCACCUCAGUCCACUACUUACUUAGUUUUCUUGGCUUAUUUAGUAUAUAAAUGGAUUAUAUGUGAAGAAUUGUUAAGAGUUGUGGCAUGAAGGCAGGGGAGAAGAUGAUAUUGACUCAAAAACUAACAUUACUCAUUAAUGUUUUUGAUAGUCUUUCCAGAGACUUUACUCAUUAAUAGUCGAAAUAUGGCUGCUCUUUGGUCCUGUACCAGCAUACCCCAGACUGCCCCAAUGGUCAAUUAUGUUAGCCAAAUCCAUUUAUGCUUUAUGUCAAUCAUAUUUUAAUUUGCAUAGUGCACUGAGAGGUAUAAACACAAUUUCUUUACUCAAUCAACUUAGUGUCUUUUUUUUAAGACAAAAACAACUUGAAUCGUAACUCUUGUGGAAUAACUUUAUUAGAUAUAGGCUAUUAUAUAUAUUCUUCAUAUUGGACUUGGUUUGAUGUAAACUUUGUACUCUACUGAAAUCCUUAUGAAUGUUAGCGUGUUUGUUAAUGUUGGAUUCAUUUGUUGAAUUACAGUUUGGAAUUCAUUUGAAAAUCCAACAUAGUUUACCCAUUUGUCAUGAAAUAUCUAAUUUACUCCUACUCCUCAUUUCAGAUGUAUCUUGUCCUUGUUUAGAGUUGAACAGUUUUUUUAAAGAUACAUGGAAAUUUUGAGUGAAGUUAGAGCUUUUGAUUAUAUAUAUUAUUAUAGGUUGCUUUAAAUAGUAAUUUCAUUUUUUAUUGCAUACUUUGGGUGAGAUUUGUUACAGAAAUAGAAAAACUAACAAUUAGUCACUUCCAAGUGUCAUAGUGAAUUGUUAUAUUAUAGGCUAUUAAUAUGAAAUGCCACUGUUAUAUUAUUGUCAUAUAAUAUAGUUGUUGUAUUUUUAUUGCAAAUGCAUAAAAGAAAAAGAAGCACAUGAAGCACUAAGAGGAUCAAUGAGAAAAAGAAGUAUAUGUGAAAAUGCAUAAAAAGAAGAAAUAAUGAGAAGCACAUCCAAAUAAACAUACCGGAUAAAUGAUAUUCGGGUGUCUUAAUUUGUGGUGUAUUUAUUCAUUACUGAAUACAUUGCGAUGUGUAAUCGUACUUUUUUUAGAUAAAUGUUUCUUGGAUUGGAUAUCUUCGCUCUUAUAAGAUUCCUUUGAUCAUUUAUCAUGGCUUCUAUGUAUUACUCUUUACUCUCUAAGUUCUAUUUUACACAACAAGCUGCGAAAACUAAUGUCAAUAGAAAUUGAAUCCUUCUUGGUGUACACCCUGGGUUACACCCAGGGGUACACCCCAUUUAUUUGCCCUUCACACAGACAAAAAACAUAAAAAACAGACACUUUCAAUUAAACUGUCUUUGUGUGUUUGCAGAUCUGUCAGGCUAGUUGCACGCAAACCAAUGUCGGUGUACACAUACACUAGUUCUCUGUGUAGA